AUCACAGCAAGAAUGACCUCAUCAGUCCUGGGGAUGAUCAAGGAGGAGGUGAUCUGUCCUAUCUGCCUGGAACGGAUGGUGGAACCUGUGAGUAUUGAUUGUGGUCACAGCUUCUGCCGAGCCUGCAUCACACGGAACUAUGAGUCCAGCAAAGGCGAAGAAGAGGAGGGUGUCUGCCCUGUGUGCCAUGUGAGUUACCGGUUUGGGAAACUAAGGCCUAAUCGACAAUUGGCCAACAUAGGGGAGAGUCUAAAAGAGUUCAAGUCCAGCCCAGAGGAGGAGCAGAAGUUGAAUGUCUGUGCACAACAUGGAGAGAAACUCCAGCUCUUCUGUGAGAAGGACAUGGUGGCCAUCUGCUGGCUUUGUGAGCGGUCUCAGGAGCACCGUGGUCACCAAACAGCUCUCAUUGAAGAGGUGGCCUAUAAGUAUGAGGAGAAGCUCCAGGCAGUUCUGCAGGAACAGAGGGCAAAUGAGAAAAGAUGUGAUGAAUGGGAAGAUGUCCUUCAACAGGAGAGAACUUUCUGGAAGUACCAAAUACAGGGUGAUGUAGAAAAAGUUCACAUGGAGUUUAUAGGACUUCAGAAAUUCCUGGACUCCAAGGAGAAGAAUGAGCUGCAGGAGCUGAAGCAGGAGGAGGAAGACACUAUAAACAGCCUGGAAGAGUCUGAAAGUCAGGUAGUGAAGCAGAGGGAGUCAGUGGGAAACCUCAUCUCAGAUGUGGAGCAUCACUUGCAGUGCUCAACCAUGGAAAUGCUGCAGGGUGUGAAUUCUGUCCUAACAAGGAGUCAGACCUUAAGACUGAAACAGCCUGAUAUGGUCCCGAGAAAACAGACAAGGAUCUUCCAAGCUCCAGAUCUGAAAGGCAUGCUGCAAGUGUUUCAAGGGCUCAUGGAGGCUCAAGGCUACUGGGUUCGGGUGACCCUGCGUCCAGUACACAAGGAAAACAUUGUCAUUAAUGUGGACAAAAGACAAAUACAUUAUCAAAAUGUUCAUAGAAGAAGGUUGCAAGUGUCUGAGACCUAUGGUUUGGGUGUCCUGGGAUAUCCAGCUAUCCACUCAGGGAAACACUACUGGGAAGUACGCGUGUCUAGAAGUGACGCCUGGCUCCUGGGAUUAAAUGAUGGAAGACGUACUCAACCCCUACCCCAAAUGUUCCUCAGCAUGAAAUAUAAUUUUGAUGAUAGAAAACGUGUAAAUUAUCAGCCUAAAUAUGGCUACUGGGUUAUAGGGAUGAAGAAUGGGUCUGUAUAUAAUGCCUUUGAAGAGUGUUCUGUCACCCACAAUGCCAGUGUCUUGGUCCUCCCUCUGACUGGUCGUCCCAGUCGUGUUGGAGUUUUCCUGGACAGAGAAGCUUGUACUCUCUCAUUUUAUGAUGUUUCCAACUAUGGAGCUCUCAUCUAUAGAUUCUAUGAACCUUCCUUCCCUGAUGAAGUUUAUCCAUAUUUUAAUCCUAUGGGAUCUUCAGAGCCAAUGACAGUAUGUGGACCACCCUCCUAAACCUCACCCAUAACUGCACAGUGCCCCAUGUCUGAUGUAUCUCAUAUGCCUGAGCUCCCUGGCAUCAUCAUAACUGUUUCUGCCUUUGCUCUUUCCCUUUUAAUAAACUUCAGUUCUCAAUACAAA